AUGGGCGGACACUUUUCGAUCCUAGGGAUACCUGCGAUGGCGGCGACGGUGAUCUUUAUCGGUCGGAUCCGGUGGUUGAAGCAGCACAAGCGACCGCACGGAUACGGUCGGACAGGGCUGAUCUACUGGCCUAGUCAGUUCCUGAUCCUCGGAGGGUGCUUCGCCCUAUUGGGGCUGGCAUUCUCGUUGGCGACGGGGCCAUACCUGGCGACGGCGGAUGGGCUCCUGAUGAGUGCAUUUUGCAUGUGGAUUGCAUGGACAACGGCGAUGGCUCUGAACACUAACGAGCAUCGGUACGAGAUCCGCUCCUCGGACUAUCUCUUUCUUUACUAUCUCAUCACUCUGCUCGGGUGCGCACUCUCGCUCUUCAUCCUGAAUGAUGGAUUUUCGUUGCCCCCUUUCGUCCCUUUCAAGGGCCCUGCUCAAGCUGACCACCCAGUUCACAAGAUGGAUCCGCCGCCUGUAUCUGAUUACAAAAUGGAUCCUCUUCGGUAUCUGCUCCUUUUCACCGGAGUCAUCGCACUCGCUUUCUUCUUCGAGGCACUUCCCAGAUCCUACACUCGGGUUCAGAGAGAGAGUAGGCAGAAGGAGAGGCUCACACGGUAUGAUCAAGCCAACUUGUUCUCAAGGUUAAUCUUCCAUUACGUGCAACCGCUGAUGUCAGCUGGCGCGCGUCGCACGCUGACUACGAAGGAUAUUGAUGAGCCGCUGCCGGAGGUGCUGAAGAGUCAUGUUAACUACGAGAUCGUCUCCCGAACCUGGGAGAAAGGGCUUACCCGGUAUAAUCGCAAGCAUCGCAAGAGCAAGGCUGGAAAGAGGACAGGUUCAGAAUCUACCCGUGUUGGCGGGCCAUCUUUAUUCUUGACAGUUCUGGAUGCGUACAAGGCGAGGAUCUUCCCGACGAUGCUGAUCCGACUCCUGAGCUUUGCGCUCAUGUAUGUCCCGAUCUUCUUAUUCAGCUACCUGCUAAAGUUCUUUGCAGAUUAUGGCGAAGCACUGAAGAACGGAACGCCACGGCCAGCUGUGGCGGAGGGAUUGUUGAUCGCGGUGGGCAUCUUUCUAGGGAAUGUGUUUAGCGCAUUGUUCCUCUCGAUGUCGUCGAACGAGUGCGCGUAUAUGGGAAUCGAGGUUCGUGCGGCGUUGACAACUAUGAUCUAUCGGAAGGCCCUGAAGCUGUCACCGGCAGCGAGAAGCAAGUCGACUCUGGGUGAAAUCAGUAACCAUAUGGCUGUCGACGCGGAGAGCUGGAUGCAGGCCGUCCAGCUCCUACCGCUGUCGUUGACCAUCCCAUUGGAGCUAGGUCUCUCUAGCCUGCUACUGUAUCGGCUGCUCGGAUGGUCCUUCGUUGCUGGACUGGCGGUAUUCGCGAUCAUCAUGCCGAUCCAAACACGGUUGGCAGCAUUUUUACACUCCUUCCAGAGAAACAAGUUGAAGGCCAUGGAUAGCCGGUUGCGGCUCAUGACGGAGAUUCUGUCCAACAUCAAGAUCAUCAAGUUGAGCUCAUGGGAAGUGCCUUUCCGGACCAAAAUCGACGUGCUGCGAAAUAAGGAACUGGGAGCACAAAAGGCUCUGGCCACUGUCCACUCGUUCCUGGUCAUUGUAUUCUCAUCCGUCAACCUGCUGAUUCUCCUCGCCACGUUUACAGUCUACUCAUACUGGGGCGGUCCUGAAUAUACACCCGCGAAAAUGACGCCUGAGGUCAUCUUUGUCGGCAUCACGCUCUUUACUGUGAUGGGCCGACCUCUAGGGCUUUUGCCUCUCAUGAUCUCACAUCUGAUCAUGCUCAGGAACGCGAAUGGACGUAUCCAAAAGUUCUUGCUGCUGGAGGAGAUUGAUUCAACGGCAGUGCAGCGUCAUGGUCGCCUCGUAUCGCCUUCUUCACUGGACGUGGAGGGUUUAGCAAAGGGCGUGAAUAGUACGACUCUGGCAGUGCAGAUCGAGAAUGGAACGUUCGCAUGGGAGAAAGAACCAGACGUUGAGGGGGUUAAGACUGCAACGUUGACCCUGGCAGAAGGAGAACGCCGACCGCUGCUCUCAGGGUCGUCCUUGGCCUCACCGACGCCGAUUCGCGCGACGUUGUUGAAUGUCAACCUUCAGGUUUUGGAUGGGCAUUUGACUGCGAUCGUCGGACGGAUCGGGCAGGGCAAAUCGUCGUUGUUGAGUGCUAUUAUCGGUGAAAUGUACAAGCAAGAAGGAACCGUCAAUGUGUAUGGUGAUCUGGCCUAUGUACCGCAGCAGGCGUGGAUCGUCAAUGGCAGCUUGAAAGAUAACAUUCUAUUUGGCAAGCCCUUUGAUCAGGAAAGAUACGACCGCGUCAUAUUCGCAUCAGGUCUAGUGCCGGAUAUAGAGGCUCUUCUAGCGGGCGAUCAAACAGAGAUCGGCGAGCGAGGCAUUAAUCUAUCAGGAGGGCAGAAGCAAAGAGUGUCGCUGGCGCGGGCUGCUUAUCAGGAUGCGGACAUCUAUCUUCUUGAUGAUCCUCUCAGUGCUGUGGAUGCGCAUGUGGAUCAGCAUUUGUGGAGGUAUUUGAUCGGACCUAACGGACUGUUGAAGCAGAAGACGAGGAUCUUAGUGACGCAUGGUAUCCAUCACUUGGACAGUGUCGACCGGAUUGUCGUGGUCAAGGACGGUAUGAUCUCCGAGACGGGUGAAUACCUAGAACUCAUGGCAGCCAAGAAUGCAUUCUAUCAAUUGAUCACGGAGUAUUCUGUACAGGAGAAGAACCAGCAAGCGGAUGGGGGUCAUGUCGCAGAUGAGGGUGCUACAGUGGAUAUUGCACCCAUAGGAGCCGGGACAGAUGCGGGCAAAAAGGCGGCAUUAGUGAACGAUAGGGUCGCACUUGCGGCUGCUAAGAAAGAUACCUCUGGUGGAUUGGUUGUUGCCGAAAAGAUCGAGGAGGGGAAAGUUGGCUGGAGAGUGUACCUAGACUAUGCCAGAGCGAUUACACUUCACAAUGCCUUUCUUUGCCUACUUCUUUACGCUCUCGGCCAGGCCUGUCAGGUUGCUACCAACUUCUGGCUGCGUUACUGGCUCACGGCAGAUGAGCGCGAAGACGAUCGCCCCGCUGCAUUCUUCCUGUGUGGAUACGCUGCUCUGGUCCUCCUCUUUGUGACGAUAGAUGUCACGGCCAACUACAUGGCGAACGUUGUGUGCGGCAUCCGCGGGUCCAAGACGCUGUACGAUCGGCUGCUGACUCGAGUUCUGCGCAUGCCCAUGAGUUUCUUUGACACGACGCCGAUGGGAAGAAUCGUCAACAGGUUCUCGUCGGAUAUCUCAACAGUCGAUAGCCAGAUUCCAAUGGAGCUCCCGGGUCUACUUAGCUUCGUUGCCACGACUCUUUCGAUCCUUCUCGUCGUCGCGUACUCGACCCCACUUUUCCUCGUCGCCGUUCUACCCUUAGGGAUCGUUUUCUUUACAAUCCAAGGUUACUAUGUGAAAACCAGUGGUCAGCUCAAACGACUGCAGUCCGCAUCAAAGUCCCCGCUCUACCAGCAUUUCAGUGAAUCCCUUGCAGGAGUGUCGACGAUUCGGAGCAUGAGUGGACAGACAAGCCGGUUCAUUGAGGAGAACGAGAAACGGACGGAUAUGAUUGCGCAGAAGACCGACCUGUUUAUGCUCACGAACCGCUGGCUCACGAUCCGAAUCCAGACACUUUGCGCGACGACUGUAUUUUUGGCGGCCGCGCUGGCGGUGCUGAACGCGGAGCGGUUGGACCCCAGCUUGGUGGGCCUUGCGCUCAGUUAUGCGCUUAAUCUGACGAAUGUGAUUGCGAUCCUGGUGCGGACUGUGAGCGAGGUCCAGAAUCAGUUUGUGAGCGUCGAGAGGAUUCGAGAAUACACUGAAUUACCGGUCGAGGCGCCUCUAGAGACCGGUGUGCGUUUGCCGGAGAACUGGCCGCAACAUGGUAGGAUCGAAUUUAGGGACUUCUCGGCCCGCUACAGGGAUGGAUUGGACAUGUGUAUCAGGGGCGCGUCGUUUACGAUCGAGCCACAGGAGAAGCUUGGGAUCGUGGGAAGGACAGGAGCGGGAAAGUCAUCUUUGAUGCUGGCGUUGUUUAGGAUCAUUGAGGCGGCGGAUAGUUACUGGGCGCGGGCAAGCGACCCUUCUGUAUCCGCGAGAGAUCAUGCGCUGGAGGAUGCGACUCGAUUGUAUUCUGAGAGCCAUGGAGGUGGCGGGUCGAUCGAGAUUGACGGGGUCGAUAUCUCGACGCUGGGAUUGCAGGACCUCCGACGGCACUUGUCGAUCAUUCCUCAGGACCCUACGUUGUUUGCGGGUACCGUGCGCGACAACCUGGAUCCGUUUCAGGAGCUCGAGGAUGCGGAGCUUUGGGAAGCGUUGGAGCGGGCGCAUUUAAAGAACCAUAUUUCGUCACUUGCAGGCGGGUUAUCGUUUGAGGUCGCACAGGACGGCGAGAACUUUUCUAUGGGACAGCGGUCGUUGAUUUGUUUGGCGCGAGCGCUGUUGCGGAAGAGUAAGGUGUUGGUGCUGGAUGAGGCGACGGCGGCGGUGGAUGUGGAGACGGAUGAUUUGAUCCAGAAGACGAUCCGGAAGGAGUUUAAGGAUCGGACAAUUUUGACGGUCGCGCAUCGUGUGAAGACGGUGAUGGAUUCGGGUAAGAUCCUGGUGUUGGAUCAGGGGCGGGUUAAGGAGUGCGAUGCGCCAGAGCAGUUGCUGAAGAAUAAGGACUCGCUGUUUUAUAGCCUGGCGCGCCAGGCUGGCGAGAUUUGA